AUGGACUCAUCUAGCAUUCCAAAUGACACAAGACUUGUGCAAUUUCCAGAAGGAAAGGUCAUUGGUGCACGUUGGAUCGUAAAGAAGAUUUUAGGAAGUGGUUCUUAUGGUACUGUUUAUGAGGUACAAAACGUGAAGAAUCCUUUAAUUAAUGGAGCACUUAAAGCGGAAUCAAACUCUGCAAGUAACAGUAUCUUAAAAUUAGAAGUUGAAGUAUUGAAGCAGCUACAAAAACGUAAAUAUACCGUUCGUCUAUUACAUUCAGCGAAAAGAGAAACUUAUAGUUACAUGGUAAUGACAUUGUGUGGUCCUGAUUUAUUCACGUUAAAACACACAAACAAAUUAGUGACAUUUAGCGAAAGCACUAUACUUCGAAUUGCAAUUUUAAGUUUAUAUGCAAUAAAGCAGUUGCACGAAGUUGGUUAUGUUCAUCGUGACAUCAAACCCAGUAAUAUAGCAAUUUCUCCUUCAAUUAAUUGUCGUCACAUUUUAUAUUUAUUGGAUUAUGGAAUGGUGAGGAGGUAUGCAAUUUACAGUGAUAAACAGUGGCUUAUCAGACCUCCAAGGAAGCGGGUUCGUUUAAUUUUGAACGUAUUAUUACGUGGAACUCUUCGAUAUUGUUCGAUUAAUACUCAUAGACGCCAAGAACAGGGACGUGUUGAUGAUUUAUGGUCAUUGAUGUAUAUGUUGGUUGACUUGCGUGCUAAUUACUUACCAUGGGGUAGAGCAGCACGUGAAGAUCGUAUACUUUAUCUGAAAGAAUCGAUUUCCGAUCAAGAACUUUUAUCUAGUGGAAAUUUAAAAUUUUAUACGAAAAUUCUAGCACACCUUCGUAAAUUACAAUAUCCAGAUAGGCCAGAUUAUCUUCUUAUGUACAAAUUGAUGAUUUCGCCAAUUAUGAGAAAACAACAUUUAUUCGAUGAGCCGUACGACUGGGAAAAUGUAGCAGAACGUGUAACACAAGAAGAUUCAUUUCAACGUAAGCUAUCUCGUACUUCAUCUUCAAGGUCUGCUAACAACAGUCACUCAAUACCAGAUGACAUUCCAAUAGCACAGGAGAAAGCAUUUUCUGAGGGUAAAAAUGAUGUGCCCGAUAUAAUGAAAACUUCAUAUCACGCUAGUCGACGAAGAUCUGAUCGUGAUCGACAAAACCAAGAAGAGAGUAAUGGUGAUCUACCUUGA